AUGGAUAAGUGGUUGCUGAAGAUACAUAAAAGUAGUAACGUAGAGACAGAACAGAAAAGUGAUAUUGCCAGUGGAUCCAGUGGAACGCGGAGAAAAAUAGAAGAUGAUGAGAAACCUAGCACUAGUGUGAAGAAAAAAACGAGAAAGUAUGACCCCGAAUAUCUGCAAUAUGGUUUCACGGAAAACAACGAAUGCGAACUACCGCGGCCUCAAUGUGUGAUUUGUUUUGAAGUGUUGGCCAAUGAAAGCUUGCGUCCUAACAAGUUGCUACGUCAUCUCCAAACUAAGCACUUUGAGUGGAAGGAUAGAGCUGUUGAUUUUUUUGUUGCAAAAGAAAAGGCACUCAGGGUAUCCAGGAAAAACAUACAGUCAUUCACGAAAGUUUCCGAAAAAGCUAUGAUUGCAUCUUACCAUUUAAGUUUGAAAGUAGCGCGUUCUGGUAAAGCCCACACAAUUGGUGAAAGUUUGAUUCUUCCGGCUAUUAAGGAAACGGUUUCAAUAAUGUUUGGUGAAAAAUACGCACAUGAAAUUGAAGCUAUUCCUCUUUCGAAUAACACAGUAGCGAGAAGGAUCGAUGAAAUGUCCGACUGGGCCGAGGAUCAGCUGGUAAGCAGAAUACAGGCAAGUACCCAUUUUUCAUUGCAACUAGAUGAGUCAACUGAUGUCGAAGGACUAUCGCAGCUGAUAGUGUUUGUCCGAUAUUUUUGGAAUGAUAAUAUCCAUGAAGAAAUGUUAUUUUGCGAGCCAAUUAUGCGAGGAACAAGUGACGAAAUUUUUGAAAAGCUGAAUUCUUUCGUCAAGGCCAAAAAUCUGGAAUGGGAGAAAUGCGUAGGUGUGUGUACAGAUGGAGCACGUGCAAUGUGUGGAAGAAACAGUGGAGUUGUGACGCGGAUUUUGAAACUAUGUCCGAAUGCUUCUUGGACUCAUUGCAGCUUGCAUCGGGAGGCGCUGGUGGCUAAAACACUAUCGGAUGAUUUUAAAAACGUGUUAAAUACUACAGUGAAGAUUGUAAACUUCGUGAAAACUAAGCCACUACAAUCUCGCUUAUUUGAGAAGCUUUGUGAAGAUAUGGGAAGCGAUUUUACAUCUUUGUUGCUUCACACGGAAGUUCGAUGGCUGUCCAGAGGUAGGGUACUGACAAGAGUACUUGAACUGCGCGAGGAGCUAGCAAUUUUUCUGCAAGGGAAAGAAAACUUCUCAAUAGUCUCGCCCAUCACCGCUAGUGACACGUCGUCCGCAAAACCCACGAUUUUACUUUCCUGGGUAGCUGCAAAGUCAAAACUCGUCGUACAUCCCGUUCAAGAGUUGGACCAAAUAUUGGGGACCCGCAUUCUGUGCAGCGCCGUCGCGAUGGCUUCAAAGCUGGCGCUGUUGAACGCGUUCUUCGUCUAUCGUGACCACUGCGCAGUACCGAUCUCCUCGUCUCUUCUGCGGACGCCUUCUCAGCACUCUCGAGCACUGUUCGAAUUGCAUCCACCGUAG